CGCAGUCGCACAGUCGCACUCGCUCCACUUCCAUUCCCAGCGACCCCGCCCGCCCGGAGGCGUCACACCUGCACGCUGCGGCAGCAGCCAAGCCUCUCUCGUGCGGCAAGCACCACACAGACACCCGAUGGCGCUCCUGCUGCUGCGCGGCUGCGCCGCGCCGCCAGCCGUCCACGCGGCCCCGGCGGGGUCCCGGCUGCUCCCUCCGGCGCUGCCGCGGCGGCGGCUCGUGGCCGUCGCCUCUUCGGCCUCCCCCGCGCCGUCCGGAGAGGUGGCGUCGUCGUCCCAGGACGGCCGCGGCUACGGGACCGUGGGCGGGCCCAACGGCCACGCCAUCGCUCCCGCCACAGUCACCAAGUCCACCGCCGUCGAGACCACCGUCGAGAGGGUGAUCUUCGACUUCCGGUUCCUGGCACUCCUCGCCGUCGCCGGGUCACUCGCCGGCUCCGUCCUGUGCUUCCUCAAUGGCUGUGUCUUCAUCAAAGAGGCGUACCAGGUUUACUGGUCGAGCUGUGUCAAGGGGGUUCAUACGGGGCAGAUGGUCCUCAAGGUCGUCGAGGCCAUCGAUGUGUAUCUUGCUGGAACAGUCAUGCUGAUAUUUGGGAUGGGUCUCUACGGCCUCUUCAUCAGCAACGCUCCCGCGAGUGUUGCUCCUGAAUCCGACCGUGCCCUGAGCGGCUCGUCGCUGUUCGGGAUGUUCGCUUUGAAGGAACGCCCGAAGUGGAUGAACAUCACCUCGCUUGACGAGCUCAAGACAAAAGUGGGGCACGUCAUCGUGAUGAUUCUACUUGUGAAGAUGUUCGAGAAGAGCAAGAUGGUGACGAUAGCCACGGGGCUGGACCUCCUCAGCUACUCGAUCUGCAUCUUCUUGUCAUCAGCUUCUCUCUACAUCCUGCACAAUCUUCACAAGGGCGACCAUGAGGAGUGACGAGAGUGAAAUGCCGAAUUUGUAGCCUAGAGAGAGUUGAUGGUGUUGUCCAAUAAUCAAUACUGGAUUUUUAAGACUCUCUUCAACGGUCUUCUCUUCAUAAAAUAUAAAAUGAAAAAUAUAUGAUACAAUUUAUCUA